AUGGGCUUUAUCAAAAAGUUUGAAGAGACGGCGGUGCUCCCGGAGGAGGUGCAGGAGGUGGUGACCAUCCUGCUGCACAAGAAGGGCCCAAAGGAACUGGUGCAGAACUAUAGGCCAAUUACCUUGUUGACAGGCUCUUACAAGGUAGUGGCGAAGCUGCUGGCUAACCGAAUGAAGAAGGUGCUGGGAACAGUCAUCUCGGAGGAGCAGCACGGCUUCCUUCCCGGUCGGCGGCUCUCGGAUGCGGUGUCGAUGGUGGCUGACGUGAUCGAAGCCGCGAACAACGAUAACGAGGACUGGUAUCUGAUGAUGGUGGAUUUUCAGAAGGCCUUCGACUCGGUGUCGCGGUCCUUCCUCUUUGACACGAUGGCGCUGAUGGGUUUCCCCGAGAAGUUCAUCGGCUGGUGCAAGGGCCUGCAUGGGGGGUCGUUCACGCGCCUCUUGGUCAACGGAUGGCUGGGAGAUCGUGUCGAUGUCUGCAAGGGGGUUCGCCAAGGGUGUCCGCUCGCGCCGUACUUAUUCUUGUGUGCGGUGGAGCCAAUCUGCCAAGAAGCAAAGCGCAGGAGGUUAGGCAUAUGCGACGACCAUGGGGACCGGCUGGCCUACCUUGGAUAUGCUGACGACACGACUCUGGUGCUGAAGGGGAAGCAACAGAUUGGUCGAGCGGAGGCGCUCCUGGAAGUGUUCGAGGCCCGCUCUGGCCUUCGUGUGAACAAGGACACGUCAGCAAUAUUACCGCUGGGGAAGAACCUGGAAAAAGGGAAAGAUAAGGAGUCAGCCUUCACGUGGGUCGAACCUAAAGAAGCAGAGCGGCUAAUGGGUGUUUGGGUAUCCCCGUCCGGGAGUGCCGAGGUCACCUGGGAGAGGGCGCUGGCCAGGGCGGCGGAAGAACUGGUGAAGUGGCGCUCUCAGCAGCUUACCACGACGGCAAGGGUGGCGGUGGUGAACGCUUACGUUUGCCCGGUCCUCGCUUUCCAAGGCCAGGUUUACCCACCGUCAGAGAAGAUUUGGAAUCGGAUCAUGAAGCUGUUAGUGAACUUCAUUUCGGGGAAUCGGGGGUCUGAAGAGCACCAUUUCUCGCUGUGGAGCAGAGAGCUGAUCUUCAGGCCGAGGAAGGAUGGCGGCCUGGGGGUACUUGACCCUUUCGUUGAACUCAGCGGCCUGGCAGCCAGACGAGUGGGGAAAUUUGUGCUGGGUAACAGAGGAAUUGGGAGAUGGUUGGCGACGAAGGCGGCGGACCUCCCCGCGGGCUUUCGGUGUUUUUGGGCGCACGAGGACUCCCUGAAGGAUUGGAAGGGGCGGAGCGAAAGGUGGAGAAAAACGUGUGAGGCGUUCAUGAAGUCAAAAAUAGCGAAGGAAGGUCCGAAGACGAGAUGGGACAUCGCGCAAGAGCCUUUGCUGUUCAACCGCCAGACCCUGCCAAACGGGAAGAAGCCGAUUGGCCGCCAGAAAGCAGCGGAAGGGCUGGAGCUAAUUCAGCUGGGUGAUUUCAUUAGCUGCGCAGAGGACGGUGCGUGCACGUUAAAGAGUGAAGAGGUACUGGCCAGGGAGCUGGGCACAGUCAAGAAGGCAAGAAAGGUGCUAAAAAUCUUCAAAUGUAUUCCGGGCGCAUGGAAGGAGAAGCUGCUGGCGCCUGUCACGGGGAAGGAGCUCCUGGAGAUGUCAUCUCAUGUGAAAAGAAUAGGCGCAGUGGGCGUAUAG